AUGAAUUGCGAGCCUGCUAGGGUUUCCUCUCUGCGUCGUCGCCUCCUGCAGACUUUCCCUCGCUCACCUCCUCCGGCGAGGUCGGAGGACCCCCUCGUAAUGGAUACAACCUUUAAUUUUGAUACGGUAUGGUCGAGAGGAGUCUGGUUCCUGUUGGGUAAGCCUUUUGUGCUUCAAAAAUGGCAUCCCAAGUUCAUACCGAAGAAGGAAGAAUUUUCGUCUGUCCCGAUCUGGGUGAAGAUACACGAUCUACCCCUUGCAUGUUGGAAUUCAGAGGGUAUCUCUCGAAUAGCUAGUAAAAUUAGUGUUUCGGUGGCUGCAGAUAAGCUAACUGAGCAAAAGUUCAGGCUCACGUAUGCUCGAAUUUGUGUUCUAGUUGACAACAAAGCCACAUAUCCGGAAGAGAUUCAAGUAUCUUUAGAUGGCGACGUGGUAAGCUUAAAAGUUCAGUAUGAAUGGCGUCCACUUCCCUGCGAAUACUGUAAGUCUUUAAUGCAUUUUUCUGCAUCUUGUAUGGAAAAGCCUAAGACUGAUUCAGAUGAACUGGAGAAAAAUAAAACUGUUAAUCGGGGUAGGAGUCACAGUAGGAAUGCACGAAGCAGAAACAAGUCUAGGAGUCAGAAUUUCUCUAGGCCUCCGCCCACUAAUGUGGUGCAUCAAGCCCCGCUCAGUAACGCUGCACAAUCCACAAAUCACAAUAACGUCAAUAUAUCAAAUGCAUUAGGCCACCCUUUGCAUUUUCAGCCGCACUCCCCAACUUCCCAGAAUCCCCAUAUCAAUUUAGACAAUUUUGGAGGAGAAAUGCCUUCUUCGGAUUUGCCUAUUAAUGAGGAUGUUAUUGUGUCAGGUAUCCCUAACCUGAAUUUUCCCAAUGAGGCAUUCUCUUCUUCGUCUACUUCUCUGAACACAAAAUCCCCCGCCAAGACUAAAGAUAUUAUAUCCCCAAAUAAGUUUGAAGUCCUCAAUAUAGAGGAAGUCAACUCUCAACACACUGAAGAUUUAGAGGGCGUGGAUGGAAAAUUAGACUUAUCGAUUAGUGGCAAAAGCAUAAUGCCGGAGAAAAAUAAACAGACUCAAUCGAGUGCUGCGUCAAAAAAACCUGCAAGGGGAAAGCAGAACAAAAAACCCCAGUCUCACCCAAACUCUUAA